UUCACGUUUUCUUUUAUAACUUUAAUGCUAAAGGUUAUCAUAUAUCCAUGGUUCUACAGUAACACAGUACUUGGUGUUUGCAUAUUUACAUGCAGAAUAGUUGAUGACAACUAUUGGUUUGAUGUUGUUCUGAGGCUUUUUUAAUAUUACCUCAGCAGGGUGAAUAUCAGCUCUGUUGUAGUAGUUGUAACAGUAAAAAGAUUGCAGAAAUCUCAAUAAUUUUUCAGGAGAUUUGCUGAUUUUUCGUUGUAAGGUAUAUUGAUCAAUUGUGUAAAGUAGUAUCUCAUGGCUUCACUGGACCUUGACACACCAUGGCUGGCCUCAUCCAUUGAAUCCUUUGAUGGUUCCCUAGAUAUACACAUAGAGGAAGUUAGUUCUUCUGCUAGUUUAGAUUCACUAGACAAAUCGAAGUCCAUCAUACAUUGUAGCCAGACUAUCCCAAAGCCACCUCCUCUCCCAGCUAAAAUAUGUCAAAGAACCAAAAACCAAAGAUGUCUCACAAAAUCCUGUUUUGUUCCCAAGGAAACUAAAGAUUUAUGGGACAGGCUCUUUAGAGAAGGAUAUGCAGCAGAUGUGCAUAUCAUCACAGAAAAUGGGUCUGUAAUUCCAGCACAUUAUAGUGUUCUGUGUGUUGCAUCAGCAGUCCUGGAGAAUUUUCUGCAGCAAUCUAAAGCAAAGAAUGGUAUAAGAUAUAUAAAGAUUCCUGGGCUACCCUAUGAUGCUAUUUAUGUUUUCAUACGUUUCCUUUAUUCAUCCUGCUAUGAUGAAGGAGAAAUGAAGAAAUUUGUUCUCCAUUUAUUGGUUUUAUCACAUUCAUACUCAGUACCAUCGCUUAAAAAAGUUUGUGUAGACCUUUUGGAGCAACGUUGGUUGACAACCGAGAAUGUGAUAGAUGUUCUGCAGCUAGCAAAAAACUGUGAUGCACCAAGACUUUCCUUAAUAUGUGUUCGUAUGAUUGUUAAGGACUUCAAAACCAUAUCUUUAACUGAAGGAUGGAAAGUAAUGAAACGUGCAAAUCCCAGUCUUGAACAGGAGCUUUUGGAGUCAGUUGUUGAAGCAGAUUCUAGGAAAGAGGAGAGGUUGAAGAAAAUUGAAGAGAAAAAGGUUUAUUUGCAACUGUACGAGGCAAUGGAAGCAUUGCUACAUAUUUGCAAGGAAGGAUGUAGGACAAUUGGGCCUUGUGACAAAGUUCUCAAAGGGAGCCAGGUUUCUUGUACUUUCCCUGCUUGCAAGGGAAUUGAAACUUUAGUCCGUCAUUUCUCUAUCUGUAAGACAAGAGUCCCUGGUGGAUGCAUGCAGUGCAAGCGAAUGUGGCAGCUUCUUGAACUUCAUUCCCGCAUGUGCAGUGAACCUGAUCUUUGCAAGGUUCCUCUUUGCAGGCAUUUCAAGGAGAAAAUGCAGCAGCAAAGUAAGAAAGACGAGGCAAAAUGGAAACUUUUGGUAAGCAAGGUCAUGGCAACCAAGAAUGCAUUCGGACCAUUCAUGUCGCGGAGGUCAAGUUUUUCAUGACCAAAAUAUAUAUUGAUUGUGGCCUUUUAUUUAGGUGGCCAUAUCAAAUUUGUACAUUGUUGAAAAGAAAAAGAAUAUUGUACAAUGUGUAAUAAAUCAAAGCUUGCUCGUGGAAGAGAAUAACCUGUUUUUCUGAUAUCUCUUCAAUUGAUGUUUUUGAAGUGAUGAGGCUUCAGAAGUUAGAUCAACAGAAGGCAAUCUUGGAUUUAAAGUUGGAAGGUGGUGUGAAUGUGUUCUCGAGGCCCAUUCACGUUCCCUUCCUGCAUACAUUGUAUAUGAGAUUCAUGAUGGAUAAUUUGGAUGAAGAACUCAAAAUUUUUGAGGUUAUGAUGAUUUGUGCUGGUUUUGUGUA